AUGCCCUCCAACGUGAACUCUGCCAAUGCCUCUUCCAGCAGCCACACGUCCCCUGCAUCCACCAGCACUACGUCCACCUCGGGAGUGCCCUCCUCUGGUGGCAGAUCCAGAUCCCGGUCGUUAAUCCAGACCUUGACCCACAACCUCCAGCAUCACAAUAACUCCCAGUACCUCGCCCAAGAGAAGGCCUACUUGAGAAAACUCAAGAACCAGUUGGUGGAUGACUACUACACCAAGGGGAUUACCGGCGCAGACACCAAUCUGAUCGAAACAAACGACCACGACGACGAUGACGAUGAUUUGGCCUCCAACGGGGGAGGAAACACCGACUUACUAGCAGAUAUCGACGACGACAAGUACCAGAUCGAUUUUGGCUUGGCAUUCUCAAUGAUGAAGAGCGCAUCUGACCCCAAGUUCAAUCUGAACCCCAACAAGAACAUCACACAACUUAGCAAAAAUGACACCGAUGACCCAGCAGUGAUAGAAAGACUCGAAUGGCAAUCCAUGUUGACUUCUGUCCUUACAGGUGAUGUCGUCAGGUCGGAAAAGACCAAGAUCAUUAACAACAACAAUCCAGAAAAUGGCCAGGAAUCUUUUCUUCAUGCUACCUACAAGGAAAACCUAUGGUUCGGGGUUCGAGCCAAAAUCUUCAACAGAACUGAAGAGGACCAGAGAAGAAUAAUAUCAUAUCGCAGAACCCUUGUGGACCAAUUAAUUGAGGAUAUUUUGAAGUUCGAAAUCAAUUAUGACGAUGAGAACGAUUCACCAAGAGAGCAGGUCGGUAAAAUACUCGAUCAAUACGAUAGAGCUUGUGCGUUAUGGAGGACUCUUGAUGAAAUGAAAAAUGACAAACCAUUAAUCCGAAGUGAAGAGUUUGAAAAUAGGCUUGAUGCGCUCAUUGCUUGGUAUUCUAUCACCGGCGCUAUCGCCAAUGAGACCAAGACCUUGAAAGUAUGGAUAGGAAAUGAUGAAUUGGAUAUAACAAAGAGCUCAAGUAUUAAUUCUUCCAACUCCUCCUCUGCUGCCUCUACCCCGCCAGCUUCAACCACACCUUCUUCUUCCAAGGUUAAGAAAUUGUUUGACGAAGAUAACAAAUCAUUAGCCGAAAAAUUAAUGAAAGAGAAGGGUGUUCAUGACAUAUUCAGAAAACGUAUUUUCACACCAAUAGCACCCUGGAUGGUUAAGUCAAAAGAUACAUAUAUACGGUUGGGACAUAUGUUUGAAACCAUGAAACUUCCGGACUAUAUCCAUGAUUUGAUACAUAUUUGCCUUGUGCCUAUGAAAUUGAUCAAAGAAAUUAUCAAAGUCCGUCUUGGAUACGCCAUGAAGUUACAAAAACCUACAUUGAUGAUGAUAGACCAAAUGAUUGAUGACUUCAAGACGUAUAUUACAAUUGCAUUGGAAGUAAAACUUGGAAUCCAAGAGUACUCCAAACCGGAUUCCAGGAAAACUUGGAUUUUGGGUGACUUGUUUGAAAACGAAAUUCAGGAUUUUGACCAAGUAGUAGUUGAAUGUGUUAAGUACUUCUUGAUUUUGUUGAAUAGAAAGUUGUUGGACAGUUCACGUUCGCCAACAAACUUUAGGACUUUCAAGGAACCCGAAGAAUUAGAAGAGGCAUGGAAGGAUCUCAAAUGGUUAGGAAAUUUCAUUGAAGGUGGUAGUGUAGUGGUGGCAGAACAAAUAACACUUUUGGCAUCCAGAUUAAUUCAAAGGUUAUUGGCAUAUUUCAAUAAUCAAAUCAAUUUUCCUCAAAUACAAUCCUCGAGUACAUCUGAUUUGAUAAGGUGGUACUCCUCCACCACUGAAAAUUUUGGUCAGCUAAGAAGAAAGUUGGCAAGAUUCACUGGUGAGAUUUCAAGAGAUUUUACCAAUUCGUUGGUAUUUGAUUUGUCUAUGUCAAAUACCAAAUGGAAGAACUUGUUAGAAAUAUUGAAGGCAACAAACCAUUUCUUGGUCUAUACCGGGACUGUGGAAAACCAAGGUACCUAUUUCUUUGCAAGUACUGAAUUGAUGGGGCACGAACAAGAGAUUUUGAAGAUUUUGACCGGUUCAUAUAUUGGGCAAGAUCCAAAUGAGGCACAAACUAAAUUCAGUGGAUUACUCAAACUUUUAAACAUGGAAUCAAUCAUUCCGGACAAUGUUGAUGAUCAAGAUGCUAGUUAUUUCUCCUACAUUUUGGCGUUGUGUCCGCCCAAACCCAUUGUUUGGGAAGGAAAUGUUGUUACGAUACACAUUGAUGAAGUUCCGAUCACUGAUGUGAAGAUUGGACAGAUGUUGCUUAUCACCAAAUUGCCAUACUACAGUCUUCAUAUUGUUCGGGAGAAGUUUUUGAACUUGAUUGGAGACAUCAUCACUGGUGGUGGCAUCUUGAAACCAGUGGAACAACGAUGCUCAUUGGCAAAGGUCCACAUUGAACUCACCAAAAUUAACAGAAAUUUUUUCAAGAUGUCUUUGUCUGUAUUUGACUCCGUUAAGAUUGCUAGAAACAAAUGCAAAGAGUUGGCUCCGGAAGGUGGAUAUCAAGGUCUAAUCAACAGUUUUUUCAUAUAUGCCAGAGACUUCGGCAAAAACUCGAUACGAAACCUUGAUUCAUCAAGGAAAUCAACAGUGAUCAUGAAAUUAAUACAGUUGUCGAUUGAGUGGGUAAGUUUCAUUUGCGACGAUUGUAUACCCACUGAUAGAAAAACUUUUAGGUGGUGUGUGUUGGCAUUGGAAUUUUCCAUGGAUAUGACAAGAGGUUUCAAUGUUUUGGUAUUGAGUGAUGAUCAGUUCCACAAGUUGAAAUUGAAGGUUGCAAGAUGUAUGUCCCUUCUUAUAUCGCAUUUCGAUAUUAUGGGGGCUAGAUCUAGUGAAGCAGAAAGAAACAAAUUGUUGAAAUGGACCUCUCAAAGACAUAAAAUUGAAAACUCGGCUGAUGAUGAAUAUAUUCUCAAGGUUUAUCGUGAAGAUACCAUGAAGCAGAUUAAUGAAAUUGAAGAAUACAGGAGAGAAUUGCAAGAGGAAUUGCAAUCCGUUGGUAGGGUUUUGGAUGUUUCAGAUCUGGAAUAUCAAUUUGUUACCUUAUUGGCUUCAUCUUUCUCGUCUGUCUCCAUCAGAUGGCAGAAAGGGCGGUUCAUUGGUGGAGGUACUUUCGGACAUGUGUUUGCUGCGGUUAACUUGGAUACUGGUGGUGUUAUGGCUGUGAAAGAAAUCAGAUUUCACGACAGUCAAUCUAUCAAAAAUAUUGUUCCUUCAAUCAAAGAUGAAAUGACGGUAUUGGAGAUGUUGAAUCACCCCAACAUUGUUCAAUAUUUUGGUGUCGAAGUACAUCGUGAUAAGGUCUAUAUCUUCAUGGAAUUCUGUGAAGGUGGAUCACUUUCUGGCUUAUUGACCCAUGGACGGAUCGAGGAUGAAAUGGUUAUUCAAGUGUAUACCUUGCAAAUGGUAGAGGGUCUUGCAUACUUACAUCAAUCUGGUGUUGUUCACAGAGAUAUCAAACCAGAGAAUAUUUUACUAGAUCAUAAUGGUGUUAUCAAAUUCGUUGAUUUUGGUGCUGCCAAGGUUAUUGCCACUAGUGGAAGAACAAGAGCACCAGGGGUAAAUUCAGUCACCUCCUCCAGACCUGCAAAUGGGACUAAUAGGAACAACUUAAACUCUAUGACUGGUACACCAAUGUAUAUGUCACCGGAAGUAAUUACCGGAACAUCCACAGAUAGAUCUGGUGUGGUCGAUAUUUGGUCUCUAGGUUGUUGUGUGCUUGAAAUGGCCACUGGCCGUAGACCAUGGGCAAACUUGGACAACGAAUGGGCAAUCAUGUACCAUAUUGCGGCAGGCCACAAGCCUCAAUUGCCUUCGCCUGAUCAGUUGAGUGAAGCUGGUAGAAAGUUCUUGGCCAGAUGUUUGGAACACGAUCCAAAGAAGAGACCUAGUGCUGCCGAGUUACUCAACGAUCCUUGGUUGGUCACAAUCAGACAAGUUGCCUUUGGUUCUUCUGAGGGUGGAGGCACUCCUUCGUCAGAAGUGGGCUCAGACAUACAAGAGAUUGGUCACCAAGCCAGCUAA